GAAAUUGAACGGUCGAAAUGUUGCAUCAAGAGAUGAGAUUGUUACGAGAAAGUUGAGGGACGAUCGAAGAACUGUGAAAUGGGAGGUGCAACUAUCAACUUGGGCCUUGUGUCCCUCUGUAAAACCCCCAAUUUUAUUAACCCUUCAACAAGCUUUGUGGAAGUGCAACAUUACUAUGCAGUAAACCUCAGAAGAAGGAGGGAAUUGAAGAGUCACAGAAAAAGAAGGGGGAUUGUGUGUGGGUUGCCAUUGCCAUUAGCGGUUGAUGCAUGGGCACCCACCAUUGAUUCAGAAAGCAUUGCUCCUCAGCUAUUUGCGUUUUCCUUGUUUCCCUACAUCGCUUUCUUGUACUUCAUAACCAAAUCCAAGACUGCUCCAAACCUUACUCUCUUCGGCUUCUACUUUUUGCUUGCAUUUGUUGGGGCAACAAUACCAGCUGGGAUUUAUGCGAAGGUGCAGUAUGGGACUUCUUUGUCUAAUGUGGAUUGGUUGCAUGGUGGGGCUGAGUCGCUUCUCACUCUCACUAACUUGUUCAUUGUGAUGGGUCUGAGAGAGGGUCUCAGGAAAGUUGGAAAAAAUUCAAAACAAAAUGAAAAUAUAUAAUCCACUCCUAACGAGGAAGAGGAGGGGAUGCAGGUUUGAUAUUUGAUGUUUUUCUAUUGUCACUGUUGGUAGUAUUUUAUCAAUGCAGCCUCUGGGCUGUUUUGUAAAUAAAACGGGUUUAAGUGCUGGAUUUUGUGUGGUAAUUCGUCAAUUGGAAUGAAAUCUUACAAAGCUUUGGUCAGAAGAUCUAAUUUUCGUGUGCAAUUUGUUAACAAUGGCUUGCCCUUCAAAUUUCAAUGUUGUUUUCUAAAUUCUAAAAACUCUCUUUUGAUAGUUUUUUUUUUUCUUUUUUUGAGUUGAUGUAAUCUUCUAACUUAAUUUGAAUUUGUUAGUUACUCUUUGUGACUGCUGUGCUCUUCUACUAAAGGGGUGGCUUGUAGGAUGUGCCGAUACAAAUUUGGCGCACCAUUGCUGAAAGUAGAUACUGUUAAACAGUGCCAAAAUUGUAAUUCUAAUAUUAACUACAAAGACAUUAUAAGUGCUACCAUUGCUGAUUUAUUAUUCCACAAUUCUACUGCUAUCUGAAGUUGUCCAAUCAGCAGAAAAAUCCUGGGGUAUUAAAGGGGAAAUUCGGAUCAAUUUCCGCUGGAUCAAGUGAGAAAUUGAAAUCGGGAAUCGGAGAAUUGGUUGCUGAUGUGUUGGUGGAAAUGAUCUCGUUGAUAUCUGAUUCCAAAUGUGGCUUGUUAUAGAUCCCAUCAAACUCAUUCAUCUGGAAAGUUGGAGAUGGGAAAUAGUUUGAUUCUGGUGUUGUUGGAGCUAACAGGUGUGUUUGGUAUAGGCUGCUCAAGAAGGACUCGUUCUCUAGGGCCGAAGGAAUCAAGCUGUGGUUGUCUUGUGUCAUGCAUCCAAAUGAAGCUGAAGGGAAAGUAAAAGGAUAUGCCAUUUCUCCAUUUUCCUGUUUAUUCGUGUCGACAGCCAAGAUGUUUCUGAACCUUGUAAGGUUUUCUUGUGAUGGAUGUGCAUUGUGAAUAUCAGUAUUAUAACUUUGUGCUUUCUCUUGUUUGUCUGGUGACUCAGGUGCCAGAAUGGCAUUGUUUCCCUGAGAACAGGUAUGCUUUCCUCUGUAAGUUAUGUCAAAGAUGGUGGGAUCUUCAUCUGAUCUCUGUACUUGCUUUGUGGCCCAACAGCCCUGAGUGUUGCGGAAGGUGCACCUGUAGUAACUUCUGCAAAUGUCACAAUAGUUGUUGAUUAGGUAAAGGCAAUUUUAUUAACAUUAAAAAUUCUUGUGAUUCUUUUCUAAAGCAGGAUUGAGGGAAGUCCCCUCACCUGGGAUAUUUGGCACCGAGGAUGUCUUUUUGACCAUAUUUUCUCCAGUUGUAGCCAUCUUCAUGCGAUCCUUCAAGACCACUCUCACAGCUGACUCUUACUUGGUCCAUCCAUUUGGGCAUUAUCUUUCUGAAAUCAUUUAAAAAAAAAAAAACUAUUAGGAACUUCAGCAUAACCAGACAUAGCUGAUAUUUCUGUGGCAGAAACCUGCUGCCAAAUCUGUCUAAUAAAAUUCACCUUUUCUUUGAAUCGUGUUUAAUUUCCUGGUGAUCCUUCAUUUCUUUUACCCCAUCAACAUCUUCCCUCUGAGGACUUUCAUUGACAGAUAUUGGGGACUCUGGUAACAAAGUUGCUGUUGCUUGAUUCAUAGACUGCAACUUGGAAGUUGAUGCAUUGUAUCUUAAAAUAAGCAGAGCCUUUUCAUAAGAAGAUAAUAUCCUCUGCACCAGCAAAUCUCUAGUUUCAACCGAAUACGGUUCCCUCAAGUCUGCCUUCAACUUCCUUGCCACCUCCAUCCCCUGAAUUAGCUCAUUGAUGAGUGUGUUCUGCUCCCAGUUCCACUCAUUCUCCAUUUUGUAUUGUUUAUAAGAAUUGACUGAAGACAAUGGUGCUUGGUAUCUAUCUCAUGCUCGAGAGCAUCAUUUCUACUCUGGAAAUGCACUUGUAUCUAAAACCAAUAGUUUCUUACUCUGCAGCAGAGUUGAAAAUUGAAGAAGUUUAGGAGACCCUUUAAUUGGUGAAGUAUAGUAAGCUGUGAACAUGGAAAUAGCCAGAACGAGACUUGAAAUUUCAAAUGGGUUUCUUAAGAUAGAAUGGUUUGAUGUUGGAGCAGACAAGAGAAAGCAGGAGCGAGUCUAAAGCAGCAAAUCUUAGUGAGCUAAGGUGAUUUUUUGCUGAAUGAAGAAGUUGAAGGUCUUGUAUUUAAAGGGUACUACUAGCGCUUCCUUUUUGAGUUGCAAAUAAGGGAGCAAAUGAUAGGAAGGAGUAUUGGAGGGUUGAAUGUCAAAGUUUGACUGAGAAAGCGAGUUUUUCAGCUAAGACCAGUAUAUGGUCAGUGUAUAGUGUGAUGAAUAAGGAUGCUGACCAAGUCCACUUCAGCUAGAUAAGUGAUUAUUGGUUGAUGAUAGGCCCAUGUUCUUCCGAGGCAUGAUUUUAUUGAAGAGUUCGAAUGAAGAGAGGAACCAUAGAAUUUUCAAAACUCGGUCUGCGUGGGUGCUUUGGUCCUUUACUAGUUACUAUUAUUAUUAUUUUAUUACCAAAAAGAAAGAAAGAAACAUAGAAGACUGCUUACGUGACUUAUGGUUGUUACCAUCUACUCAAUUUCUCGGUUGAUUUUUGCUCACUCUUUUUCUAAGUCAACAUAAAAUAGAUUGAUGAUUAGAGAGAUACUUUCUGCUAUCGACUCUUCUCACCAUCGGCAUUCUGCAGUCUUCAUUUGAGCACUGUUAAGUCUCAAAAACAACAGUUGAUGGAGCAGUUUUAGUUAACGGUGAGUUUCUCUAAUUGAAACGGUUUUCCUAAAAGUAAAAAUAAAAAUAUUCAAACGGUUUUAGUGUUCUCGUUAAUUAAAUCAAUUCUAUAAAAUUUUAUAUAAUUUUAAAACUUCUUGAUACUUCAUCAACUUUAAAUUAGUGUAUAAUAUAGUUUUUCAAAAAAAAAAAGAAAAAGUAAACGUUAGUUAUAACAUUGUGUGCCUAUAAAUACUUUUUGAUUUAUCUAAACUUUGACAUAAUUUUAUCGUGAUUUAAUCGUUGAAUUUAUUAAUUUAAUAUUUUAAAAAAUUAUUAAGUAGAAUAAAAAUCUAAAAAUCUCUUUCAAACAGGAUAUUUAGGAAAACGGAUGAAUAUUGACUGUUAAAUUGUAUUAAAUAUUAAAAUUAAACUCAAAAGCUAUAUAUUUAUGUAAAACCUGAUGUCCUAUAUGUAAUAUGAACUAACUCUUAACUUAAAUAAAACCAAUUGAGUUUAAAUUGCUAAUAUCAUACUUUACAUUAAGCAUUAAAAAUUGUGUUAUAAAAAUUUUCAUCAAAUUUAACUUUUAAUUUCUGAAAUUGUAUUUUUCUAUCGCUAUAAUAUUUUAUUUUAUAAAAUUUUCAGUUUAAUUCUCAAUUUUAUAACUUCUCAUUCUCAUUUGGUAGUGUUUCAUAUAGAAAAACUCUCAUUCCUAAAUAAAGAACUUUUUUGGAAACAAGAUACCUAAAAAUAAAUUUCCCUAAAAAAUUGUAAAAUUUAUUUGGUAUUAUCUAACUUUGCUUGGAAUAACAUGUUUACGAUCAAUUGCAAAAAAAAAAAAAAAAAGUAGUAAAUUUAUAGUCAAUUAUGUACCACAAAAAAGUUUUGUUCCUAUAU